GACGCCUGGAGCAGAAGCAGUUUAUUCAGCCGGCCAUGGAAACAGACGAAGGGCUGUUCAUCAAUGUGAACUCACAGCCGCCUCCAAGGUUCCAGCACCCCACCGGACGGAAGAGACCUUCAAAGUCUCAGCCUGCCAAGGAAAGAAAGCCUGCGAAGAGAACAUCAGAAUGGGCACAGGGAGGGACACCCCCAAAGCGGAUGCCAGCUUCACCCGAAACCAAGAAACAGCGACAGGAACCCAAAAGUGGCAUCAGGCGGGAUGGAGUGCCAAGGUCUCCUCCGAAAAAGCCGCUGACCGACGCAAAAGACUGCAAUGCAGGUGGCAGCAGACCGUUCGUUAAGACUUCCUGUCUCUUCAAAAACAAUCCGGACAUCCCUGACAUUCAGAGGACAUCAGUGAAACAAGUGCAGGAGAAGGUGUUCACCUCGGAUUCCUUUGAUCAACUGGGCCUCCAUCCUCAUUUGGUUUCAACAAUAAACUCCGUCUUGAAAAUCUCUAGCAUGACCAGCGUUCAGAAGCAGGCGAUUCCCUCGCUGUUGCAAGGCAGAGACGCCCUGGUGAGAUCGCAGACGGGUUCAGGCAAAACGCUGGCCUACGGUAUCCCUCUCGUGCAAUCCUUGCAAAGGACAGAGCCCAAAAUCCAGCGCAGUGACGGCCCAUACGCCUUGGUGCUGGUUCCAACCAGAGAGCUGGCCCUACAGAGUUUUGAAACCGUCCAGAAACUGUUAAAGCCAUUUACCUGGAUUGUGCCCGGCGUGCUGAUGGGAGGAGAAAAGAAGAAGUCGGAGAAAGCCAGGCUGCGCAAAGGAAUAAACGUCCUGAUUGCCACGCCCGGGCGCCUGGUGGACCACAUCAACUCCACCAAAUGCAUCCAUUUCCGCCGCGUCCGGUGGUUGGUCCUGGACGAGGCCGACAGGAUCCUCGAUCUGGGUUUCGAGAAGGCUGUGGCCGCAGUGCUGAACGCCGUGAACGCUGACGGCGCGGCGCGGCAGAACGUUCUUUUGUCGGCCACGCUCACAGAGGGAGUCUCGCGAUUGGCUGACAUCAGCUUGCACGAUCCAGUCUGCGUUUCUGUGGCGGGAGAAUCCUGGGGGUCGAGUGCUUCCGAGGCGGACGCCUGUGCUCAAGUGGUGGCCGGCACUCCUCCCGCAAGUGCGGAAGGGGACGGCUUCGCCGUGCCGGGAAACCUCCAGCAGAAUGUCGUGGUGGUGCCGAGCAAACUGAGGCUGGUGACGCUGGCUGCUUUUAUCCUUGGGAAAUUCAAGUCUGGAAAACGCAACAAGAUGGUGGUCUUCUUCUCCAGCUGCGAGCAGGUGGAGUUUCACCACGCCCUCUUCCGGAAAGUCUUGGGUGGGGAGCCAGAGGCCGAGGGAACUGAUCCGUCGCUGCUGCUUCCUCCUUCGCCCUUGGCGUUUGUACGCUUGCACGGUGACAUGAAGCAGGAGGAGAGGACGUCCGUCUUCCAGGAUUUCUUGCAAUCGAAGACUGGCGUUUUACUCUGCACUGAUGUUGCUGCUCGUGGAUUAGACCUGCCGCAAGUUACCUGGAUUGUACAGUAUAAUCCUCCUCCUUCGCUUCCCGAAUACGUCCACCGAAUCGGGAGGACGGCGCGAAUUGGCAGUCACGGGAGCAGUCUGCUCAUCCUCGCACCUUCUGAGGCAGAAUAUGUCAGCUUCCUGGCUUCUCACAAGAUUAAUGUUUUGGAGAUGAAGAUGGAAUCUCUUCUGUCCAGCUUGAUGAAAGAUGAUUGUUUCAAGGGUAGCCAAUGUGGGAAAAAGAAGUUCCAUGGCAAAGACCCUCAGGAGGUCCGGCGGAGAGCCACCGUCCUGCAAACGGAGUUUGAGAAUUUUGUCCACUCCCGUGCAGAAACCGUCCAGUGGGCCAAGAAAGCACUGCAGUCCUUCAUCCGCUCUUACGCCACCUACCCUGCCAACCUCAAGCACAUCUUUCAUGUCAGGUCUCUUCAUUUGGGCCACGUGGCUAAGAGCUUUGGACUCCGGGAUGCUCCAGGAAACCUCGGGGCCUCUACCCUCCCAAGUCGGGGGAAGAAGCAGACAAGGCGUGACCUUCUCAAGAAAGCUCCGGGCAAGCGCCGUCUGGCUGAAAUGUUGCAAUCCGAAUACUCGAGCGGCUUGGACUUUCCGGCCUCCAAGGUCAAGAGGAAGAAAAACCGGGCAAAACCUGGGAACCAAAGCUGACCCUGGGAGUUCUCGACCUUCUCCUGUGGUAGCUGAGACUCCAGAGGAGCUGCGUCUGGGGACGGAGCGAACGGCAGGAAGCGAUCCGGGAGCCGUCAUCAGAAACGGCGUUUUUUGGAAGGCUGUUCCGGGGAAAACACAAGCCACACUUCUGAAACCCCUGCGUUCCUCUGUCCAAUUAAAGGCACGUUGGUUGCGAGACACCUGCUGUUUUCCUGGCACACGCGGCCCAAAUUGGUGGCCCGUGAGCUCAGAGCUUGGGGUCGUAGGGUGGGUCAGAUUCCUAUGGGCUGCAAAGGGGAACCUUCAGCCCCCGAAAAAUGG